AUGGGUAAUCUAUUGGAUUCACUUACAUCCAUAACAUCACAUACAAAAUCAAUUGAUAGAAUAAAAAUCGAUAAUUAUAUUAGUAUAGGUGCAUCUGAUACUGUUGGAAUUGGAACAUCGAAUCCUUCAAAAGAUGGUUGGGUUCCAAAAUUUGCAUCAUUAAUUUGUGCUGAACAAACAAUUAAUCUUGGUCGAAGCGGAUCAACUUUAAAAGAUGCAAUUCAUCAACAAUUACCUAAAGUAUUUAAUUAUAAACCAAAUGUAAUUACAAUUUGGUUAGCUGUUAAUGAUUUUAAUCAACAAAUAUAUGAUAGAUCAAUUUUAACUAGUUAUACAUCAAAUCUUAAUGAAAUGUUAUCUCAAUUAAGAAAUAAAUUAGAUAAUAAUACACGAAUUCUUGUUGGAAAUAUUCCAGAUUUAUCUAAAGUUAGUUUAUAUACAUCACUUGGAAUACCUAAACUUCUUCUAUCUUUACAAAUUAAACGAUGGAAUGAUGCUAUUAAACAAAUUGUUAUGAAAAAUAAAUGUGAUCUUGUAGAUUUAUAUUCAUAUUGGAAAGAAUUAAGUGAACAUCCUGAAUAUAUUUCAUUUGAUGGUUUUCAUCCAUCGGCACAUGGAUAUGAAAGACUUGCACAAAUUUUUUAUCAACAAUAUUUAAAAUAA